ACAAGAUUUGGUGUUCGAUCGAGCUGGUUGUUUCGCGUGUGCUGAAAUUAGUUUGCCGCUUUCCGGCUCGUGGUUUCUAUUUUUCCAACCAAAACAUUUGAAUUGAAUUAUAUUUAACCCACCGUAUGCGUAUGGGGUACAUCGUGUAACGUAAUCGAAAUUAAUUCAAAUAGAGAAACUGUGACGCAGAAAACCAGCAAUCUUGGCAGCCGCCAUCUUGCCCAGCAGUGUUGCAGUGCAGAUCGGAGGAUAAUCCUAUUGUAGCGAACGACGCUUCCCAGCAAAACGCCUUCGGCAGUCAAGGACACAAACGCCGGCUAGGGGGUUUCGUUUUGGCGGUAUUUUGCGAAUCUUUUGCGGAAUUGUCCUGAAUCGAAUCUCUUCGACGCGUUUUACGACGGCUUAAACUACGAGCGGUGUAUAGUAGCGACCGGUGAAGUGCGUCGAUUUUAACAAAGCAAGCAAUAAUGGGUGAUUACGGCCAAGAUCCGAUGGCACAGCUUGAGCUUGGCGGUAAUUCAGGCUUGGUGCUCAGACGCCCGUUCGAUCCAACGGCACACGAUUUGGAUGCAUCGUUUCGGUUAACCCGUUUUGCUGACCUGAAGGGUCGUGGCUGCAAGGUUCCGAAGGAGGUGCUGGAGAAGUUGGUCGGUGCAUUGCAGCAGGACUACCUGCAGGACCCGGAUCAACCGUACAUGCCGAUGUCGUCACCCCGCAUCGGGAUUGGGCUCGAUUGCUCGGUUAUUCCACUGCGGCACGGUGGUUUGUGUAUGGUGCAAACGACUGACUUUUUCUACCCGAUCGUCGAUGACCCGUACAUGAUGGGGAAAAUUGCUUGCGCUAACGUACUGAGCGAUUUGUAUGCCAUGGGAGUCACCGAGUGUGACAACAUGUUGAUGUUGUUGGCCGUCAGUACGAAGAUGGUGGAAAAGGAAAGAGAUGUCGUUAUUCCUUUGAUGAUGCGUGGAUUCAAGGAUUCUGCUCUUGAAGCUGGUACGAGCGUAACCGGUGGCCAUAGCGUAGUCAACCCGUGGUGCACCAUCGGCGGAGUGGCAACGACGAUCUGUCAGCAGAACGAGUUUAUUGUGCCCGACAAUGCGGUCGUUGGCGAUGUGCUGGUGCUGACCAAAGCACUUGGAACGCAGGUCGCCAUAAGUGCCCACCAGUGGCUCGAUCAGUCGGAGCGAUGGAACCGCAUCAAGCUAGUUGUGUCCGAGGAAGACGUUCGCAAGGCUUACCACCGGGCGAUGGAUUCCAUGUCGCGGCUUAACCGAGUAGCUGCUCGGCUGAUGCACAAGUACAACGCACACGGUGCCACCGAUGUCACCGGAUUCGGGCUGCUCGGCCAUGCGCAGACACUGGCGUCCCAUCAAAAGAACGAGGUUUCGUUCGUUAUUCACAACCUGCCAGUGAUUGCUAAAAUGUCCGCGGUUGCCAAGGCCUGUGGAAACAUGUUCCAAUUGCUGCAGGGACAUUCGGCUGAGUCGUCCGGCGGUUUGUUGAUCUGUCUACCCCGAGAGCAGGCGGCUGCCUACUGCAAAGACAUCGAAAAACAGGAGGGCUGCCAGGCCUGGAUUAUUGGCAUCGUUGAGAAAGGCAGCCGUACGGCGCGUAUCAUUGACAAACCGCGAGUCAUCGAGGUUCCGGCCAAGGAUUAAGAGAUUUCGUUCAGCAUGUUUCUUUACUACUCUCUACAUUAAGGCACCUUCGCUAACUCAUUUCCACCUUCUCCGGUAACUGUAAUGCAGAAACAUACAAACCUACAGAUAAAACACAAUGAGAAAUUUCGAAAUCUAACACGCCUUAAUCAUUUUAUAUUAUAUUAGGUUCUAGAAUUGCGAUCUUGUGAUUAAAUUCCGCGCAUUCAAGCGGGAGCGCAUUUGCAGGAGUAGAAGGCACAGGACACAAAUGUAAGGGCAUGUAAAAAUGAAACGGCUCAUUGGCCGAUGCACUUGUUUUACGCUAAACUCCUUCACAAGGAGUAUGAUUGUAGAUGUAACGAAAUACGAUCAAUCAACUGCAGUACUGAAGCGAAAAAAAAAUUUCCCAAUUGAAUCAACAAUUCUUAAGUUUUAUCAAUUAAAACUACACGUACAAUAAAUAUCUUUAAAC